UUUCUUGUGGGAGCUGCACAAGUAGGCCGAUUGUGAAAAGAUGGCUGCUUCCACUGACGGCAUGAAGCACAAUAACACUCUAUUUAUGCAGUUCGAUUAGCCUUGGGUACAUUCCACGAGUUUUGUUGCAACUUUGUUUAUGUCAGAAGUCAUGUCUGUCCCUGGUUCCGUGGUGACUGGGACCUCGGUGUCGGUUCUGCAACCGCGGUGGAAACGGGUCCUCGGAUGGUCGGGUCCUGUACCCCGGCCCAGACAUGGACACAGAGCCGUGGCGAUCAAGGAGCUGAUGGUUGUUUUUGGCGGAGGAAACGAGGGGAUCGUGGAUGAAUUACAUGUCUACAAUACCGCUACCAACCAGUGGUUUAUCCCUGCUGUCCGUGGUGACAUUCCACCUGGCUGUGCUGCAUAUGGUUUUGUCUGUGAUGGCACAAGAUUACUGGUGUUUGGUGGUAUGGUGGAAUAUGGAAAAUACAGCAAUGAUCUCUACGAACUACAGGCCAGCCGAUGGGAGUGGAAAAAACUGAAAGCAAAAAACCCCAAAAAUGGCCCUCCUCCCUGUCCACGUCUGGGUCACAGUUUUUCCCUGGUGGGAAACAAAUGUUACUUAUUUGGUGGACUUGCCAAUGACAGUGAGGACCCAAAAAACAACAUUCCCAGAUACCUGAAUGAUUUGUACAUACUCGAGCUUCGUGCUGGGUCCAGCGUCGUUGCGUGGGAUAUUCCAAUCACAUAUGGAGUCCUGCCUCCUCCUCGCGAGAGCCACACUGCAGUGGUUUACACAGAAAAGACAAGUAGAAAGUCUCGACUGAUAAUCUACGGGGGAAUGAGUGGAUGUCGCCUUGGAGAUCUGUGGACUCUUGAUAUUGAUACCCUAACAUGGAACAAACCAUCAGUGAACGGCACAGCACCUCUUCCUAGGAGUCUGCACUCUGCCACAACCAUCACAAAUAAGAUGUACGUUUUUGGCGGAUGGGUUCCUUUGGUAAUGGAUGAUGUCAAAGUGGCCACACAUGAGAAAGAGUGGAAAUGCACAAACACCCUCGCCUGCUUGAAUCUCGACUCUAUGUGCUGGGAGACAGUGUUGAUGGACACCCUUGAAGACAACAUUCCCAGGGCCCGUGCUGGCCACUGUGCUGUGGCUAUCAAUUCCAGACUCUAUGUUUGGAGCGGCCGGGAUGGAUACCGUAAAGCAUGGAACAACCAAGUUUGUUGUAAAGACCUCUGGUAUCUAGAAACCGAGCGGCCGCAUGCCCCUGCUCGGGUGCAGUUGGUUCGUGCCAAUACCAACUCCCUCGAAGUGAGCUGGGGUGCAGUUUCCACUGCAGACACAUACUUGUUGCAGCUGCAGAAAUACGACAUCCCCGCAACACCAGCUGCGGCCUCGCCGGUCAUGAGCUCAAUGCCCUCGCAACCCAUCACCUCUCCUAAAGGUCCCUCUCCGGCUGCUGCCGCACCCUCUCCACAGACUCUGUCGCAAGCCGCUGUGUUGAAGGUUGCUGCCCAGCAAUCUGCGACAGGCGCAUCUGUCGUUACAGUCCGCCCAAGCCAGCCUGGGAAAUCUCCCGUCACUGUGACUUCCCUUCCUCCUGGUGUCAGAAUGGUUGUGCCUGCCCAGGCCACCCAAGGCUCGCCAAUUGGAAGUAGCCCUCAGAUGAGCGGCAUGGCAGCAUUAGCUGCUGCAGCCGCAGCAACACAGAAGAUUCCGCCGGCAUCUGGUGGAACAGUACUCAAUGUUCCUGCAGGUGCCACAAUUCUCAAAACAGUCGCUGUUUCCCCUGGAACCACCACAGUAAAAGUUGCUUCCCCAGUCAUGGUCAGCAACCCUGCCACACGCAUGCUGAAGACUGCUGCAGCUCAGGUGGGCACAGCCGGUACAUCCUCCCCCACCACUACCACCAGGCCCAUCAUCACUGUGCACAAGUCUGGUGCAGUCACCGUGGCUCAGCAGGCCCAGGUGGUGACCACUGUGAUGGGAGGAGUUACCAAGACCAUCGCCUUGGUCAAGAGUCCUCUCACCAUGGGCAGUGGUGGCACUCUGAUCUCCAACCUUGGAAAGAUGAUGUCUGUGGUUCAAACCAAACCAGUGCAGACAUCAGCAGUCACAGGACAGGCUUCCACCAACCCUCUCACACAAAUUCUUCAGGCAAAAGGUCCUCUGCCAGCCGGCACCAUUCUGAAGUUGGUGACCUCUGCGGAUGGGAAGCCUGCCACGAUCAUCACCACCUCCCAGGCCGGAGGCGCUGGAAACAAGCCCACGAUUCUUAACAUCAGUGGCGUCUCUUCAAAUGCCUCUAAACAGGGCCCUACUAUUAUUAAAACCAUCCCCAUGUCAGCCAUUAUGACCCAACCAGGAACAACAGGUGUAACAAGCAGUACUGGAAUGAAGACCCCCAUUACAAUCCUUACAACUAAGGUGAUGACCACUGGAACACCUGGCAAAAUUAUCACUGCAGUACCCAAGCUAGGAACGGCAGUCGGCCAACAAGGAUUGACACAGGUGGUUUUGAAGGGCGCGCCAGGACAGCCAGGGACAAUUUUGCGCACUGUACCCAUGAGCACGGUUGGCGGCGUUCGACUCGUUACGCCAGUGACCGUGUCUGGUGUUAAACCCACUGUCACAACCCUGGUUGUCAAGGGAACAACUGGUGUGACCUCCCUUGGCACAGUGACUGGUACAGUCUCCACAAGCUUGGCGGGCAACACUGUGGACACUACCAACGCAUCUCUGGUUACGCCCAUCACCACAUUGGGCACCAUUGCUACCCUGUCCAAUCAGGUCAUCAGUUCACCUGCGAUAACUGUGUCCGCUGCCCAGACCACCUUAACGUCGGCAGCCACAUUGCCCGCGUCCACCAUCACAGUGCAGAACCAGCCCACUCAGGUCACUCUGAUCACAACUCCCAGUGGCGUUGAAGCCCAGCCAGUGCAGGAUCUGCCGGUGUCGAUCCUGGCGUCACCCACUUCUGAGCAGCCCAGCUCUUCUGAGGCUGGAGCUGCUGGCGAUGGGUCUGGGACCGUAACGUUGGUCUGCUCGAACCCGCCAUGUGAGACGCACGACACAGGCACGACUAACACGGCCACAACUUCGUCUGCUACCAUGGGCGUCGAGCAGGUUUGCUCCAAUCCGCCAUGUGAAACGCAUGAAACGGGAACCACCGCCACAGCCACCACCUCCUCCGCUCCAAUGGGAGCAGGGCAGGUCUGCUCAAACCCUCCUUGCGAGACCCACGAAACGGGAACCACCAACACGGCUACGACGGCCUCAUCGAAUAUGCCUGCUCUCCUCAUGUGCUCCAACCCGCCCUGCGAGACCCAUGAAACGGGCACAACCAACACAGCAACCACAGCAUCAGCCAGCAUGGGCGGCGGAAUUCCGCAGGUGUGCUCCAAUCCGCCCUGCGAGACUCACGUGACCGGCACCACCAACACAUCCACCCAGGCGUCCUCCAACAUGAGCGAAAGCCAGACCACCGACACGGCGCAGAGGGUUUGCUCUAAUCCGCCUUGUGAAACCCACGAGACCGGGACAACCAACACGCCAUCGACGGCCACUUCCAACAUGGGAGGAGACCAAACCAGCUCAACAACCGGUGCCGUUCAAAGAGUUUGCUCUAACCCACCUUGCGAAACACACGAGACUGGUACCACCAACACCGCCACCACUGCCACCAGCAGUCUUGAGACAGGAGAAGGCACAGCAGCCCAGCAGACAGAUGAGGUAACUGAAGGCACCAGCAGCACUGAAGAAGCCUCUUCCACUGCAGCACCUGUUAACACCACCCAGGGCAGGGCCAUCACUACUGUCACUCAGUCCACGCCAGCACCUGGGCCAUCCGUACCUUCGAUCGCAUCAAUCACAGAGGGGGUGAGCGCCGAAGCCAGCUCCACAGAAGAACCCAUGCAGACUGAAGCGACUGCAUCAGCAGAAGAUGCACCAGCAGAGGAGGGAACCACUCCGAUGGAGACUCAGGCAGAAGGAGAAGCAGCAGCCGUAGCCACAGCCACAACCCUGAACCUGCCAUCUGAGCUCAUGUCUGAGGGCCAGGGGGCCACGCUGAUGGUCACAGGGCUAUCGGACGAGGAGUUAGCUGUCACCGCUGCGGCAGAGGCCGCUGCUCAGGCAGCGGCAACUGAAGAAGCUCAGGCCCUGGCCAUACAAGCCGUCCUCCAGGCUGCACAGCAAGCUGUGAUGAACGAAGGCGACGCAGCCGGAGAAGGCCAGCAAACCACCACCAUUCCCAUCAUGCUGACACAACAGGAGCUUGCGGCGCUGGUUCAGCAGCAGCAGCAACUUCAGGAGGCCCAGGCUGCCGCCCAGCAGAGUGCCGUAGACACAAGCAUGCCCACCGAGGGUCUCGCUCCUGCUGACAGCCUCAACGACCCCUCGGUGGAGAGCAACGGACACAGCGAGAUGGCUGCAGCAGUAACAAGUGCUGUGGCCGCCCUACUGCCACGCACCACCGCUGAGACACUUGCUCCUUCGAGUACAUUUGCACCGGUUGUGUCGGUGACCAGUCCAGCCAAGUUGCAAGCCGCAGCUGCGCUAGCUGAAGUAGCCAAUGGCAUUGAGGGAGAGAAGCAAGCCCCUCAGCCCACCCCCGUGAAGCCUGCUGUGAAGAAAGAGAACCAAUGGUUUGAUGUUGGAAUUGUCAAAGUGACAAAUAUGGUUGUCACUCACUUCUACGUGCCAGGGGAUGAUUCUCAAGGAGAUGACGAUUCUGGAGUCAUUCCAGACUACGGUCAGAUGAAGAAAAUGGAGCUUCAGCCCGGGACAGCAUACAAGUUCCGCGUUGCUGGCAUCAAUGCUUGUGGCCGCGGAGCCUUCUCGGAGAUAUCCGCUUUUAAGACUUGCCUGCCGGGAUUCCCAGGCGCACCGUGCGCCAUCAAAAUCAGCAAGAGCCCCGAUGGCGCUCACCUGACCUGGGAGCCGCCCUCUGUGACGUCAGGCAAGAUCAUUGAGUAUUCGGUGUACUUGGCAAUCCAGAGCAACCAGACAGCCGAGGCCAAGGCCUCCACCCCGGCCCAGUUGGCGUUUAUGCGCGUGUACUGUGGACCCAACCCUUCUUGCCUGGUGCAGUCUUCCAGCCUGUCCAACGCCCACAUCGACUACACCACCAAGCCGGCCAUCAUCUUCCGCAUCGCUGCCCGAAACGAGAAGGGCUACGGUCCAGCCACUCAAGUUCGAUGGCUGCAGGAAUCUGGCAAAGACGGUGCCUCUGCAAAACCGGCGGCCAAAAGACCGGGCACCUCUCCUGAUACUAAGACUACUGGUCCAAAGAAAGCAAGGACGGACCAGUGAGGUUGGCCAGAGACCUCCCCCCCCCCCCUUUUUUUUUUGUUUUUGUUCUUUGCCUACUUGCUGUCCUUUUUAUCAGGAAGACCUCUUCACCCUCAAUGUCAUCCUAAUCGCAUCCCCCCCUCUCUAUCCUCAAGUCUCAGACCAGACCGCAAUGGAGGCUGAACGCCCAAACGAAGCCGAGAUUAAAGUCAAUCUGAGAUGUUUCUGUAGAUAAAACCCUCUUUUGUCCAUGUUCUGUUGGCCGUGAUAUUUGUAGCGCGACAUAACGUUAGAAGCACAUUAUCUUUUUCAGUCAAAUCCCCGUUCCGCCAUUUUAACUUUGCUUUUUUUUGGGGGGGGGGGGGGGGGGGGGGGCUUGUUUCAGUAGUAUAGCAGUAUAGAGAAGCAUUUACAUCUUUCACAAACUGGCAGCCAGACUGAGCGCUAUGUUACUUUUUUUUUUUUUUUUUUUUCUUGUGAAUCCUGGGGGAUGUAGAGAGAGACUACAUAAAGAAAAAUGUACAGUGAUGGAUCAAGGUUGUGGAGGCAUUAGAGUAGAUGAGAGGAAAAAUCGGUAUGGAGUCAAAUAAAGCACUUGUCCUUAACGAGAGGACAUUUUUUUUUUCUCUCUCUCUUGUUUUCCUCUAAAUUGCUUCAUCGGGACCCAAGUCCGUUGAGUUGUGAUGCUACAGGACUCCUGGUAACAUCGUCACUGUGCUUUUCACCCCAAGAGGCAUCCAGAUGUGGUCAGAAAAAAAGAAUGACAAUUUGUCGAGAGAAUCAACCUUGAACUUUGCUUCGACUGAGACUUGCAGCACGCAUUCACACACACACACACACACAAAUAAUUGCAAAAUCUUUCCCAAAAAUUAGCAAGCUGUGGUGCAGAUCUUUUUGUGUAGUUUAUUUUUGUAUUUUUAAGCUCCCCCACCCCACUGUGUAUGUUGUGUGCAUUUUUUUUUAAUCACCUCUUUCUUUUUUUGUAUCUAUUGUUCAUCCCUCCCCCCCCAAUAGAUUGUGUUUGUGGGCAGAUGGGUGGCCAUGUUGAAGUUGCCACUAUAUUUUUAAAAGUUGUCAUUCAGUUGGUUGCUUGUUGUUAACAGGUGGGAAGGAAAGAGCAAGACUUUUGUACGUAUUUGUUCCAAGUAGAACUGCAGAAGUUAUAGGACUGAAGGGAACUUAAAGUGGACCCAGGGAGAGAUUUUACUUUGUUUACUCCACCGAUGCUUGUGUGUUGCUUUGUUUGCCAAACAGGAGUUUGACGGGAUUCAUAACCACCCCCUUAACGUCCCUCUCAGUUGUCCUAUGCUUUUUUUUUUUUUUUUAAGCUCAUGAAUGUGGUGUCUCACCUCUUCAUUAUUAUUUUUUUUGGGUAGAAUGUCAAAUUAUGUUAGUAGGCAUAUUCCCCGAUCCUAUCGAUGUAUGUGAAUCCAUGUAAUAAAUUUUAAUUUUGUUUUUCCCCCUUUCACGACUCUGUAUUUCAAGAUGCAGAUAGCGUGCCCGUCAUCUUUGAGGUGUGAACCGUGCUUGACUUUGAAUGAGGUUGUCUUGAGCAAGCGAGCUUACAUAGCCGGAGUGCACACUCACUUGUAAAUUAGUUCGUUCCUAGAGCAAGAAUAAAACAAAACAUCAAACAAUCACGUUGGCCUUUUAUAGAAUUACCUGUGACAAACCUUUUACAUAUUGGUCAGCUCUUCAUUGCCUUUUUGUGUAUUUACUAUGAAAGAAAAAGUUCUAUAUACAAAGAUCUCUAUAGUCUCGCUGAUUCUUUUCCGAUUUGCCCGUGUCCAGACGAUUCUCCGACCGUACAUUACAGCGCCAACUUGUACUGAGACGUGUAGUCUCACUGCACGUGUUUGUUGUUUUAGCAAGGGCAUCCAUCUGUUGUGAUGAUACCGGCCACAUGUCACCUUUUUGACUCCGCUCGCAUCUAAAAUACCGUUUGUGGGUUCGCUCGGUUUCUUUCUCUGGCUGAACUUUGUCUUCAUAUGCAUCCUUUUUUUUUUUUUUUUGUGCGUGUCAGUGUGUCCGUUGAACAAAACUAGACAUGCAUGCAAAAGCAGUGUAUUUUGGUAGUGAUGCCUUAAGUUAGAUUCAUAACGCUGAAGGUUCUACAAGGAAAAACAAAACAAACAAAAAAACAUUAAGUUUGUUGCUCUCUUCACAUGGUAUUCAAGUGUGUCCUUUGGUUCCUCAGUACCUUUGCAGGGUCACUCUUUUUGCACCCUUGUUAGAUAGGUCACCAUCAGCAAUGCCGAGACGUGUUUGAACUCUUCCCUCCACGAGUGGUGCUCUUAGCACCGGCAGUCGUUGCGAGUUUUUUUUCUCGGCCGAUCGCAAGUUACCUGGAAAUGUCCUGUAUUUUCAAAUGUGUGUUUUUUUUGUACUGUAGGGAGUAAUGUAUCUUUUAUCAUCAAAAAAAUAAACAUGGUAAACAGA